GAGUUUUAUAUUUAGAGCGCUUUAGGUCGGCGGGAGAUAGAGCUCUGUGGCUCAGAGUCUGAAUAUUUAUUUGUUUGUUUUGCACUUCUUCUGGUGGAAAGUGUCAAAAAUAAAAGCGUUUCGAUGGAGGACUUUGGUGUUUAUGCCAUAUUUGGAGUAGAUGAACCACCACAGCAGAUUUUGAGGCCUGAUGUGUGGCAGAGCUCGACUGAGAUCCAGCCUGGUGUCCAGCUGAUGGUUCUCUUCACCAGAGGAGACUGGGGAGAGAGAGAGUCAGUCUCUGUGGAACUUGCUGACGAGAGGAACAUACCCAUUAACAUGGGAAAAAUAACACCAUUCAAUAAGUGUCUGUCAUGGGAAUCUGGUGAGGAUGGUGUCUGGUCCAGUGGAGCAACCCUAAAUGUAAAACUCACUGGGGGUAUUGCAGAGUUUUUGGAUCCGGGGCUGACUCUUUCACAGAUGGAAUGCACUCCAGAGUGUAACCCCACAGUACCUGCAGUAAGAGAAUGUCUGGGCAAGAGAAAGUGGACUCAGGGAGAGGAGGAGGAAGAAGAAGAAAUUAAUGAAGGUAGGGGCAAGGAAAACAUCUGUCCUAAUGCCUCUGAUAAGGUGACGCCUCAAAGACGGAGCAAGAACAAUCACCGUGGAGGUCAGACGCGUCUGUUCUCACAACAGGAGCAACAGACUGCAGCUUCCAGUUCUCAGAGCCACAAAGCUAAAGGCAAGCAGGCCAAAACGCCCUUACAGACUGCUCCACUGGACAAGCCAUCAGGUCGCUGGGGUCAAACUCUCUGUCCCAUUGAUCCCCAGACAGCCAUUAUGAUUGGAGGACAAGGUGCCAGAAUGCAGUUCUGCAAAGACCCCAUUUGGAAACUGUGCACAGAGGAUCUUUCUUGGGUACCUGCUGAAACCCUUGCAGAAGGACCCACCCCGGAGGCCCGCAUAGGUCACACAGCGACCUAUGACCCGGAAUCUAAGCGUAUUUUUGUGUUUGGCGGCUCAAAACAUAAGAAAUGGUUUAAUGAUGUUCACAUCCUAGACACACAAACCUGGCGUUGGACUUUGGUUGAGGCGCAAGGAAAAGUGCCUCCUCUGGCCUAUCACAGCUGCAGUAUGUUCAGAGGAGAGCUCUUUGUGUUUGGAGGAGUGUUUCCUCGCCCACACCCGGAACCAGACGGCUGCAGUGACUCCAUCUACAUCUUUAACCCUGAAAUGGCCAUCUGGUAUCAACCUAUUGUCAAUGGAGAGAAGCCUGCACCACGCUCUGGGCACUCCGCAUGUGUGAUGCAGGGGAGGAUCUUUGUGUUUGGUGGAUGGGACACCCCUGUGUGCUUCAAUGACAUGUACAUGCUAGACCUCGGCUUGAUGGAGUUUUCUGCUGUGAAGACCAGUGGAACAGCUCCCUCUCCCAGAAGCUGGCAUGGCUGUGCGGUUCUUUCAGACUGCAGCUUCCUGAUCUAUGGGGGCUACAAUGGAAACAACGCACUGAGUGAUGCAUUCAUCUUCAACACAGACACUAGUUGCUGGUCAUCUCUGAAACUUCCCCAGCUCAGUUCUGUACCCCGAGCUGGACAUUCCAUCAUUACCAUGCCCACCACAUGCAAACAGGGUUCUAUGAAUGAGCAAGAUGUACUUCCAGAGUCAGCCCCACAAACACUUCUGGUUUUUGGUGGAGGUGAUAACGAAGGGAGCUUCUUCUCUGACCUGUUCACUAUUCCAGUAGAGGAGCUAAAAGACUAAACCUUGGUUAACAUGCUUUUUUUAAUAUUAGUUUUAUGUUGUGGUGUUUCAGAUAUAGUUUUUGUGUGUGUGUGUGUAUAGAUUGAUGCUUGUUUAUUUAAAGAGGUCUAUUACACUUUCACUCAGGUAUUUGCAGUAUGUUAUGAGCAAAGCAUUUGUGAUACAAGCCCAAUAUUAUAAAUCAUUACGAGUGGAAUGUUUCCUACAGAACAUGACUAGAUCAUCAAACUAUUAUUGUUUCAUUCACUUUUGAGUGGUUUGGAACCUGUUACGUAAAUGUCUUUACACAGGUUUUUUUUUUAACAACAGUCCAUAGUGAUCAUGACCGACAAAUUCAAGAAAGUCCAUAUGUGUUGUGUGCUAUAUUGUUUGUCUUCUAAAGCCAUGAAAUUGUUUUUGUGACAGACCAUGAUAGCUUUUAGUUUAUCUGAUUUUUAUUUUUAUUUUAACAUCAUUACACCAAUUCUGAUUUAAGAAUUUUGAUGGAGGUGAAGUUAGGGUUAGGUUUAAGUUUUUAAGUUAAAUUUUUUUUUUUGUGAAUACCUGGAACAGGGGUGUUGAACUCAAUUCCUAGAGGGCUGGAGCCCUGCAGAGUUUUGUCCCAACAAAGCUCAAACACUCAUACCAUGUAGUUUUCAAAUAAGCCUGAAAGACUUGAUUAAUAUGAUCAGGUGUGUUUAUUAGGGUCGAAUCUAAGCUGCAGGGCCCUUGCCCUCCAGUCAAGUCUGACACUCCUGACCUAGAAUGUCAUUUUAUUUCUCCAAAAAAACUUUUAUAUGGCUUCAGAAAUCAUUAAAUGUUGCACACAAUUGCUUUUAUUUUCUGUGAAGGGUGACACUUUAUUUUAGUGGCCAAUUCUCACUAUUACCUAGUUAUUUAUAAGCAUGUCUAUUAUUAACAUAUAGGUUGUUUAUUAGUACUGCUAAAGCAAUUAUUCUGCAUGACCAUAUUCUAUAUUCC